AUGGACCCGUCGUCGCACAGAAACCCCGAGACGGAGUGGUUCCAGGACUCCCACGCCCUCGUCUCCCUUCCCCUCGCUCCCAGCGUGCGAUCGAAACUGCAAAUUGCGGGAUUUCGCUCGACGAGAGAUUUCAUUCGAAUCGCCAAAAACUCGGCGAGCGUCCUCGCGCGCGAGUCUGGUUUAACCUUAGAGGAAGCGAACGAUGCGCUCAAAGCGGCUCGACACGGUGGUGAGGGCGCGGCGCUGAAAGGCGCGCGAUCAGCGGCGGAGGUGCUGGAGGAUGAGCGACGGCGACCGCGGACGGUUACGUGUUGCGAGGCGUUGGACGACGUCCUGGGCGGUGGAAUCGGUUCUGGAGAGAUCACCGAGUUCUGUGGAUGUCCAGGCGUGGGGAAGACGCAGAUGUGCACGCAGGUGUGCGUGAGCGCGAGCACGCCGGAGGCGUUCGGGGGUACUGAUGGGGAGGCGGUAUACGUGGACACGGAGGGGAGUUUCAUGGCGGAGCGGGCGAUGGACGUGGCGUCGGCGUUGGUGGAGCAUCUGCGAAGGAUGGAGGCGUGCGAGAGCGAUUCCGAGAGACGGACGGAGAUGAAAGCGGCGCUGGAGGGGUACACGGCGGAGAAGAUUUUGAGCGGGAUACAUUUGUUUCGAUGUCACGAGGUCACCGAACUCUUGGCUGUUCUAGAGACGCUCGGGGAAUUCAUCGCGGAGCAUCCCAGGGUGCGGUUGGUCGUCAUCGAUAGCGUGGCGUUUCACUUUAGGCAGGAUUUCCAGGACAUGGCACUGCGAACGACGAUUUUGUCAAAGAUGACGAAUCGUUUGAUGUCCAUCGCGACGUCGCGGGACGUGGCGGUGGUAACGGUGAAUCAAGUCACCGUCAAGCCGCAGCAGGACGGUCCGGCGAGACUGGUCCCGGCGCUCGGGGAAUCGUACGCGCACGCGUGCACGACAAGGGUGAUUUUGAGCUGGGAGAACGACGAGCGCGUCGCUUUCGUCACCAAAUCGCCUCGAUUACCUCAGGCAAAGGCAAAGUACACAAUUACCGCUGGCGGUAUUCGCGACGUGCGACGCCGAAGACCAAGAGAUGAGUGA